GUACUCUGUGUGGUCAUGUUGCUGUUCGUCUGCUGCUGAGAGGGAAACAACAAUAAAACCACACACACGAGAAAACAAAAGCACGGGCCCAUACAGUAACAGUUGAAAUGGAGGUUCCCACUUCUUUAGGACCCAGUGACGCUAAAGACAACGCCUCAUCACCUAUACUUAACAUGUCUUGUGAGAAUCUGGAAUGCUACAUGGUCCUCAUCGAGGCCGAGAAGAAAGCCAUCGGCUCCAUCUGUUUCCUGGCAGGUCCUUUCACACUGCUGGAAAAUGCUCUUGUGUUGGGAGUGAUCGCUGCCACAGCCACCCUGCGUCAGCGGCCCACAUAUCUGUUCAUUGCCAGCAUCGCUUUGGCCGAUGUCUUCGCCAGCUGCUUCUUCACUAUCAGCUUCCUGGAUUUUCACCUCUUUCGCCGCAGUGAUGGCCCCACUGCCUACCUCUUCAAAUUAGGUGGCGUCACCAUGGCCUUCACCAGCUCCGUGGGGAGUUUACUGCUGACCGCUCUGGAUCGCUACCUUUGCAUCUACCAGGCCUCCAGUUACAAGGUGCUGCUGACCCGCCGGCGAGCACUGCUGAGCCUUCUGAUCCUCUGGUGCGCCACUAUCGUAAUCUCCUUCUUGCCUCUGAUGGGCUGGAGGUGCCCCACAGGGCUUUCUCCACCCUGCUCACUCCUGUUUCCCUACAUCAACCACGCCUAUCUGGCCUGCUGGACCAGCUUCACGCUGGUGCUUCUGGCUCUCAUUUUGUGUGCUUAUGCUCUCAUCCUGUGGAAGGCCCACCGCCAUGAGUCCUCCAUGACCAGCCUCCAGGGAGCAGCAGGAACAGGCCAUGCCCGCAUGAGGAUGGAUAUCCGGCUAGCACGUACCUUUGGCCUAAUCCUACUCAUACUAGUGGGCUGCUGGCUUCCUGCACUCUCCUUAAUGUUAGCUGAUGUCUUUGUGAAUCUGGAACCCACCCAACAGAGGGCCUUCGCCUUCUGCAGCACCCUGUGCCUGGUCAACUCUGCAGUCAACCCACUGCUGUAUGCACUGCGCUGUCGGGAGCUGAGAGUUGCUCUAAUGCAGUUGCUACAAAGGCUGUGUGAGAUUGGGAGGUGUAAAAAAUCUACAGAUAAUUUAAUCCCAGGAUUACCCUCCACAGACAACAACUCUACUGUCAUCUCUGAGUAUGAGAUGUCCGGGACCAGAACCACACAACUUAAGUCAAUCUCAAAAAUGGUGAACAAUCAGCAGCCCAAUAUCAUAAAAUGAAUUUGUGUUUUUGGCAGCGUGCUCGGGGUGUAAUAACAGACAUAACAGAGAACUUCACUGUAGAUAAAGAAUCAAAUCUUCUCUACAUAUGAGCAGGAUUCAUUCCCACCCAAUUUAUUAGUGCUGGCAAAUACUUUUUGAGUGAGGCUAUUGUUGUAAAGACAAUAUAUUUUGUCACCAUUACACAUUACUUAAAUCUUAAAAAGUAUGAUUAACAUGGUAAGAUUUCAAAAUAUAGUUAGAACUUUGCACUAUGUAUACAUAUUUUAGUGGAAAUAAAGCUUCUCUUGUUUCAGGUAAGACGUUUAGAGUAUGUUGGAUUUGAAGUGAGAUGACAGAUCAUGUGGCCGUCUAACCUCUAACCUUUGACCUCUCCGCCUCCCAUGUCAGUGCAUUACCGCUCUCACUCCUAUGACAUACUGUGUCCUGUGAACUGAAGUGCUGACUUAACUUUUUGAAUCACCACAUGGUAGAAAGGUGAAUUUGCUGUAGUCCUGGGCAAUAUGACGAUUUAUACAUUCAAAACCACAUAAAAAUGUACUUAUAUCUUUCUAAGUUCUUGAAAGGAGACUAUACUCACACAGGAGUAUACAAUAAUAGGCCUUACCAUGUGGUUAUUUCUAAUAGACUAUUUAAUUUUUUUAAUAACCAGAAAACAUCGUGAUAUAUAUUGUUAUAGAGAAUUAUGUAAUGACCUAUAUCGCGAUAGAAGAUUUUGGCCAUACCGCCCAGUCCUUAUUUCUUGUACACUUAGACACCUUGUUUUAUUUUUGCGUUAACUUACGGUUAAUUACAUAUAACGUCUGCACUGUACCCGUAUUGCUAUGCAUAUUGCAGCCACUAACUGUGAAGUUGUUUUGUGUUUGGUUUAUUGGGUAUUGUGUGGUAUUUAACUGUAAAAAUGACAGCAAAGGCUAACAGUGCAUGCUUGUUUAUGUUUGAGUAUUUGUCCCUGAGCUUGCAGGGACAGAGGAACCUGUGGGCUGUCUGUGUCAUCUGCACAUGAAUGCCACGACUCCACAAAAGCCCCAUGCAUAGGAGCUUCACACAAUGUUCAGCACAUGAAUCCAAGCAGUGUGCCGAGGUAAAUGGAGCACAUGCCAGGAAGAGAACGAGCACAGACACUAGAACACUCUAUACAAUAGUGACAACUGACAGCUGCAGUAAAGCACAUAUUUGACAUACAGCAUACUUCAACUGAUACUAGACAGAACACGUUUCAACCACCAUGUCAACUCAUUAAAGAUUGUACUUGACCAUACCCCA